GUAAAAGAUGGAGUUCAGAUCACACAAGGACUGGUUUGAUCUAAGGCCAUUCUGGUCAUCUGUCAAGGUUUGAUUUGCCUAAUUAGAUUGCCUCCUUCUGAAACCACCAGUGGUUGCCAAUCAUUUCACUCAAGCUCAAGAAAUUUCCAGUGGUUGCCAAUCAUUUCACUCAAGAAAUUCCUGUUGCCACAAGUCUCCAAAAUUUAUCCUGGGCAUUCAGUCUGACAGCUGCUCUUGAUUGCUCCCAGGCAACAUUUUUUUGUAUUCUUUUGUUUUUAAUUGCUUGCAGCUAUUUGUAAUACCCUACUAGAUAAGGUGUUGGUGUUGCCAGAAGAUGUUAUAAAUGAGAGGCAGGGGCUUUUUGAUGGCAUACCAUCAAACCUGUUCACACCAAUAUUUAAAUUCAUGCUUGAUAACGUGCUCUUGCUUAAUACAAAAAGGACUUCUUAUCUGCCAGUACAGCCGAAUUGGGAUUGGAUGGCACCAUAGCAUUUGUUCAUUUGGAUGGCUUGUAACUAUUUUGCUUGUACAAAUUCAAAAUCUUAGCUCAUACUGAUCUGACACAUAUUGAUAAUUUUAUGGAAGGCAGCCUCAGUCUGAUCCCUCAUUUGGAGCUGAGAGGAACAACAAGGAUUCUACCACACAUCCCUGUCCUAUGGAUGAAGGAGCAGAGCUAAGAUGGAGCUGACCAAUAGGACCACAGUCCAGGAAUUCAUUUUGCUAGGCUUGGAGAGCGGACAACAAAAACGUUUCUUUCUUCUUAUUCUUUUUACUAUUGUCUACAUCAGCACUUUGGCUGAGAAUGCCAUUAUUAUCAUGCUGGUGCAUGUAGAUGUGCAAUUAGCACAGCUCCCCAUGUAUAACUUUUUGGGAAGCUUCUCCCUGCUGGAAAUCUGCUAUGUGACCACCACCAUGCCCCGCAUGCUCUUUGAUCUGGCUUCCCCUCAAGGGAUCAUUUCCUUCCAAGCCUGUUUCAUACAGUUCUACAUUUUCUACUCCCUCGGCAGCACUGAAGCCUUCUUCCUCUCAACCAUGGCCUUGGAUCGCUAUCUGGCCAUUUGCCACCCACUCUAUUAUCCAACAAUUAUGUCUCCAAAGAAUUGCUCCAAGCUUGUGGCUAGUUGUUGGAUGGCUGGCUUUUUGGUAUAUGCUGUCCCAAUAACUUUGAUCUCUAGGCUGUCUUUCUGCGGCCCCAAUGUCUCCGACCACUUUUUGUGUGAUCAAGGGCUCUUGUCCUUAGCUUGUCCUCCACUUGGAAAUGUUCCACUUAUCCUUUUUUCCAUGAAUAUUUUCAUCAUAUUGGGCAACUUAAUCUUUGUAGCUGUUUCCUAUGGCAUUAUAGUUGUCACACUGAUCAAAUCCUCUAAUCAAAGUAGCAGGAAGAAAGCCUUCUCCACCAUAUCCUUCCAUGUUGUAGUGGUGACCCUUUUCUAUGGUUCGGUGGCAGGAAUGUAUGUAACUCCAGGUGGGAAAAGUCAGUCACUUGCCGCUAAAAUAGUCACUGUCUUCUACACUGCCGUUACGCCCUUUCUCAAUCCCAUGAUCUACUCUCUGAGGAACCAUCAGGUGAAGGAGGCCCUAGGCAGGGUUCUUAGAAGGACAGAGCAAAGGCUGGGAAAAAGAUGACAAUAUGAAAAGGGGAUGGGAACAAGAAAAACAACAAGUUGUAAAAUAUUUAUAGUGGAUUUUUAGUUGGCUCUUUGAAUAGCUCAAAAACAAAACAAUUUGAUUGGAUUUGGUUCAAUUGCAACAGAUUGGACGGAACUGGAUCAAACUGGAUUGGGUUGAACUAUGUGAAAACUAUCAAGGAAUAUAUUCACUUGGAAAAUUUUCUCUCACACUUGUUUUAUAUUAGUUAAUCUGAUGGCCCAAAAUUAAACAAAAAAGACACAAGGUUUUGGGAAAUAUUUAAUGAAAGAAAAAAUUAGCACCUCUGUUUUCCGAAAUAUUUAGUAUGUACCUUCCUUUUUAAAUGUGCUUCCAGUUUCAGCAAUUGUUUGGUCUGUUCUCUUCUUUGAAAUGAUGUAGUGAAAUAAAAAUACAAU